GCCAGCGCUCAUUACCAUGAAAUAUUUUCAAAUUGAUAGAUGUCCUUCGCUUUCUUUGCUGAUCAGGUCAAGAUAACAGAACACACAAACUGUCCGUUUAAUUCAAGUUCUUUUUUUAUUGGUUUCACCAUCUACACCACAGCAAGUCAGCAAAAAGAACAAAGGCUUACGGGGAAAGGGAACGUGCUUUAAUGGUUAUACUUGCAUAAUAAACACACAGAAACCCUAAUCACCUCAAUACUAUUUAGGCCCACCUCUCCAACAACACUGUCAUUUAGGGGUUGAAGGCUUUGGGAUCAACAUCAUGGCUAACGGAGUGCAAAUGUGGCUGGCUUUGCUGUGGAGUUUAUUUCUAAGGGGAUCUGGCGGAGAAACCAUAUGAGAAAAUUAAGAAGAUUCAAGAAAAUAAAGCCAGCACUCUACGUUAGGUGAAACGCUUAUACUUUUAUUAGAUGCGUGAAUGCGGAGAGUGCACUGACGUCCGCGCUAUUUGCUGGGUAUGAUAAGGCGCAGAGACCGGACGCAGAAGGGCCAGCAGUGGUCGUGGACUUGUCUAUCUACGUCAGCUCAUUUGGGAAUAUCGAAGAAGCAAACAUGGAAUACAAAUUAUUCGGAUAUUUCCGUCAGUUCUGGAAGGAUGAGAGAUUGGCGAAUCGCCUUAAUAAAAGUGUAGUUCUUAAGGGAGAUGAGAUCACUAAAAUGUGGAGGCCAGAUCCGUUUUGCUAUAAUGCGCGGGAGUCGAGUCUCACUGCCUCCGAUGACGAUAUCAACAGCAUGAUGACUAUUCACCCGAACGGUGAUGUGGUCUAUAGCAGAAUGACCAUUAUAACGGCUGAAUGUGAGAUGAAACUGCACGACUUCCCUAUGGACGAGCAGCAGUGUCACUUGAAACUUGGGAGCUAUAGUUACAGCACCAAGAAUAUCGUGUAUAGAUGGCAGUCUCCCCUGGGUGUCACGGUCAGAAAUAAGAACCUCGCGCAGUUCAUCUUCACGUACCUCGAACUCAGCGAAUACGAAGAAAUCUAUGGGAUGAUGGGUAACUACUCGAUCCUUCAAGUCGACUUCGCUUUCAAGCGGCGCUUGGGCUAUUUCUUGAUUCAAGUCUACGCACCUGACAUUUUCGUAGUACUAUUAAGCUGGAUCGUGUUUUGGAUGGACAAAGACGACAUGGGGAACCGUAUGGCUCUUGGUAUCACCACCAUACUCACAAUUAUGUUCUUGCUCGGGUCCGUCAACGCCGCCAUGCCGAGAGUGAGUUACCCGAAGGCUUUAGACUGGUACCUCAUGGUGUCGUUUAGUCUCGUUUUCCUGGUGCUGAUAGAGUGCAUGAUCGUAUUCGUCAUCAGCAAGUAUAAAAACGAUAGAAGAAAAAGAAGAAUCUCAAAGAUUCUCAACUCGGGUAACAGCACAAAGAGAGUGCCGUGGCUGGACAGCCUUCGCAAGCGCGAGACAAACGGGAAUGCACGGGCAAUGGAAAAAUCCGAGCUUCUGGAGAUGAAUCCCAGUGUUCAACACGACGAAUCAAAUGUGCCAACACCCCCCAAGCCACGCCUGUCAAUCAACGACUUGACAGGCAGCCAUGAGGAGGAGCUUCAUGACAGCGACGUUGACAAGUUUGCGAGGAUAGUGUUCCCAAUGGUGUUCAUCGUCUUUAAUAUUCUUUACUGGUGUAUCUACCUGAAAGUGUUCUGAAAUAGGAAGACGCCUGCAUGAGGACUUCCUGUAUCGGAUAUUACUGGUCAUGUGAACAUGAGGACUUCCUGUAUCGGAUAUUACUGGUCAUGUGACCAUGAGGACUUCCUGUAUCGGAUAUUACUGGUCAUGUGACCAUGAGGACUUCCUGUAUCGGAUAUUACUGGUCAUGUGACCAUGAGGACUUCCUGUAUCGGAUAUUACUGGUCAUGUGACCAUGAGGACUUCCUGUAUCGGAUAUUACUGGUCAUGUGACCAUGAGGACUUCCUGUAUCGGAUAUUACUGGUCAUGUGACCAUGAGGACUUCCUGUAUCGGAUACUAAUGGUCAAGUGACCUUGAAUUGGAUACCACAUCUGAGAUGUGAAUAAAAGUAGCGAAAAAGACACAAGCAUAGAAUAAUGCAUGACAAAGUAAAUGGACUGUUUCUGGGCUGGAAAGGAGGACAGUAAUAUUUGAUUCGCGAUAUUGCUCGAAUCUCUGCUUCUGUCAGCUGCCUGUCUGGUAAAAUGGAGGAAUUUGUUGAAGGACAUCGAUCUGCGGAACAGAAAGGAAAUAGCAAAUAGACGGGCUGGUAUCAUGUAUAGCAUGUAGCAUGUAGCAUGGAGCAUGUAGCAUGGAGUAACUGGUAUCAUGUAUAGCAUGUACCGGAGAAAGCCCCUAUCUAGAGCUAAAAAAUAUUUGGAAACCGCUCCGAGACAAAGUACUUUAAAGAGUUGACGAACUUAGGGGUGAUGUUGAUUUGGAACGAGUGAAGUAAACGAGAAGGCUGAUUAAUACUAAACAUGAACCUGGAUUUGCAGGGAAGAAGAUUCGUUCAAAAAUAAAAAUAAAUGAUAGAAAAACUAAAAUAUUAAAUGGUCUUGCAUGAAACAUAAAGAAAACUUUCCACAUCUUCUUGUAAUAGACAAAAUAUGGUAUAAAAGAAUUGAAAGGAAAGUCCUUUUUUUCUAGAGUUAACUGCUAAGUUCCGCAGUCAUAUAUAUCAUUAAAAAAUAAACAUCAUUAAAAUAAAUGAUUUUUGACGACCGCGAGUACAUGAGCUGGCGGACAUUUUGGACACAGCGGCAUAAGAAUUAUCUGGGUCUUAUCAAAGUUCUCUUCGCUUUUUGUCUACAGUAUACGACAGUUCCGUAUCACUUCAUAUUAAGAUUGCUCUCGACUACAGAUUUACUUAUGCAUAUAAGAUGCACAGAAAAGGCUAAACAUUUUCAAAUUUUAUUGAUAUAUAUGUUUUUUUUUCGUUUGCACAUAGUGGUAGUAGUUCCGUAGCAGCGGUUAUAGUUCCGUAUUACUGAAAAAUUAUGUCGUCUGGUACGCGUUUUUUCAUUUGAGAAAUCAAUAAAAACGUAUUUACUGAAUAACAUAUCACAUCCCUUCCUUUAUGCUCAAAAUUAAUGUAUAAAAACUUAACUACGCUAUACCGCAGGUUAACAAACCACAAUCGUCAAUACGCUUUCGCUCGCGUGUCGCUAACAAAUCCAUAUUGCAAGAAACAAAACAAUCUGGUAGAAUUCUUCCAAAAUAAAUGCCACAACCCACACAAGUACUGAAAUUUGUUAAUUUUCGUGAUGGAGAGCUCAACAAAAAGCCGUUUUUAUUUACAAAAUCAAAAUGUGAAUGCAACGGCCGCCAAUGCGUACUUUUAGAAGUUCUGAAAUAACAAUCCCAUAUCCCUUUUUAAGUUAGCCAGCUAAUGAUUUAACUAUGGUUAAUCUUGGCCGUUUUAUUUAAUAAUCCUAUCAUAUUGAUAUAUCAAUCACAGUUUCAAUAAUUAUUUUACUAUAGAAUUUAUUAUUUUUUCGAGCGCUAAGUAAUAUCAAGGAGGUUGUCUUUAAAAUGAAGUUCUUUAUUCAGCCGAAUGACUGAAAUAAAAGGCCCACAUAAUAAAAA